UUAUAUCCUGCCUCUUUUCAUUUCCGAACAAACAUUUACUAGGGUUUCCCAUCUACCUUUCUCUUUGCCGCAAGUCUCCAAGAUGCCUAAGCAAAUUCACGAAAUUAAGGAUUUCCUUCUUACUGCAAGAAGGAAGGAUGCCCGUUCAGUGAAAAUCAAGAGAAGCAAGGAUGUUGUCAAGUUCAAGGUUAGGUGCUCAAAGUACCUAUACACCUUGUGUGUGUUUGAUGCUGAGAAGGCUAACAAGUUGAAGCAAUCUCUUCCCCCAGGUUUAAGCGUACAAGACCUUUAAAUGCAAACUCGAAGUUAGUUGAGCCAGCUUAAAUUUAAGUUCUGAGUUUUGCUUUUGUUUAAAGGAUAUUUGGUUGGCAUUUUGUUUCUGCAUGCUAUUCUAUCUUUAGUUAAAGGCUUUGUAUGAACUUAUAGCCGUUUUGGUUGCCAGACAUAUGGUUAUGAAUUUAGCUUUUAAUUUUGUUGA